UCUAACAUGCUAAUCUAUAUUUUGUGUUCAGGAGAACACCUGGAGAAAGUACAUUGCUCCCAAGGGAGUUGUUACCCCUAAAGGACGGAGAAGUCACACUGCGAUCGUGUUCCAAGACUCUAUGUACAUCUACGGAGGAUAUCAGGACUUACGAGGUUCAACAUCAGAGCUCUGGGCCUUUCAUUUCUCUAGUGAAACCUGGCAUCUAGUUUCCCAAGGGGGAAAUGUAGAUGGACCACCAGCUAGGCACAGGCAUUCUGCAGUUUUGCAUGACUCCGCAAUGUGGGUGUUUGGAGGUAUGACAGAUUUACAAGAGAGGGCAGAUUUUUGGAAAUUUGAUUUCAUUUCCCGUAUGUGGAGACCAGUACGGAGUAAACCUGGACCUGGCUGUCUCCACUCCCAUGCUGGAGUCAAGUUUCUCAACUCUCUUCUCCUCUUUGGAGGAGAGAGGGAGGGACAAACUCUCAAUGAACUCUGGAAAUUUCAUUUUGCAACGGAGUAUUGGGAGAAGCUAACCCCUGCUACAAUUAAACCUCAACCUAGAGCUCAGACAAUAGCUUUCGUCUUCAGUCAGUUCAGAUGUGGAGGGGAGGUGAGAUACAUGGGCAGACCGGAGCAGGAUUAUUUCGGAGUUCCUUUAACUCCAAACCUUUCCAGGAUCCGUCCUAUGGCACGGUUGAGAGAGGAAGCGGAGACAAUCCUAGAUUCAAGGCAUGAAGGAAGAAAAUACACGUUCCUAGCUCCGGACUCCUGUAGUGAGGAAGAGAACCUGCCAGGACGGAAUCCGCUCCAGGAGCGGAGCAACAUACAAGAGGAAGGAAACCAGUUCACCCGGAUCUCCAAGGACCUAUAUAGAGACUUAAAGAGACCUCAGCAGUUCCAGAGACUGGAGCAGAGUAGGCAGAAUACGUCCAAGCUGAAUUCAUUGGCCAGAGUGAGUCAGCUGAACCUAACCAGGUUCAGCCAGUACUGCUCCUACUCUAUGUUUAACAAUGAGUCUACGGAGAGCCUGGAGAGUGGGACGGGGAGUCCGUGUAGUGUCAGACUUAGUAUCAGUUCGACAAGACUUAAUCAGGAUAAGGACGGAUGUCUGCUACCCAGAGAUCAGCUCUCAGUUCCAAACUUUGCUAGUUUGCAGGCCCAGGCUCAGCAGGAGGAGGAGCUGGAAGAACUUGAGAACUCAGCUUGUUUCAUACCAGCAGAAGAGAUCAAACUUGAACGCGGAGCGACCAGGAGUGACAGUGAGUUCACGUUUCAGAGUUAUGAUUGUAGCUCCAGGUCCUCAACCUUACCGUCAUCCAGGAACCUUGACUCAGUCAGGCUUAUAGACCUGGAGGAAACAGGAGAUGAGGACAGUUCUGUCUCCGGGUAUGACAGUUUAGAGGCAGUUAAUCUCUCUUUCUCCAACCCUCACUACAUGCGACCUGAUCUUACCUCACUUCAAAACAAUAAGGAGGACGACAUACAUUCCAGGUUUGCCGAGGCAUUAAAAUCUCCGACAACUGGAGAUUCUCCCUCCUGUCAGGUGGAGCUCCGAACCCGUCCUAAGAGUGAUUUUGUUGAGCGUCCGGAGAAUCCAUCCUUCCGAACCCGUCCUCUUUCCCAUCUAGAGCAAUCCGUCCGGGACAAGGUUGGGUUGAAAACCGUUGAGAACAGGGUUUCUCCGGUAGCUGAUCAGAGUUGGGAGCAGAGUGAGCUCCAACUUCACAUGUAUAUUGUCGGAGGACGGGAGGUCGGUCAGGUUACAGUGUUUAGACGUCCUCUCUCAAUCUGGAAACUGGAUUUAACAAAACUAUGAGAAGAUCCAUUAUCCUCUUAGACCCCCCCCCUCUCUCACCCCAACACCAAUUGUUAAAUUAACUCUUUUAAUGUUGUUUAUUUAUUGUUAAAUAUUUUCUUUGUGUCAUGAUGUAAAGAAUAUUCUAAGGGGGCCAACCUUUACCACAUUUGCUCAGUUCCGUUUCCUGUUUCCAAACCGGAAUAAUUCAAUCUUUCUCUAAACUUAGUGGUUUUAUAACUCAAUAGACUGCCAAACUCUAAAGAAACAAAACGGAAUGUCCCUGACGAAAUCAUGCCAAGAAAU